GCGGUUUAGGCUCUGCAGUCAGACCUGGGCGGGAUGUGGUCGCAGUUGAAUGAAGCGGCUGAGGAGUUUUACGCUCGACUCCUGCAGGAAUUUGAUGAAGAAAAGAAAGGAAUCUAUAAAGACCCUUUUAUCUAUGAGGCUGAUGUCCAAGUACAGUUGCUCAGCAAAGGCCAGCCAAAUCCUUUGAAAAAUAUUCUCGAUGAAAAUGACAUAGUAUUUAUUGUGGAAAAAGUGCCAUUAGAAAAAGAAGAAGCAAGUCAUAUUGAAGAACUACAAUCUGAAGAAACUGCUGUUUCUGAUUUCUCUACUGGUGAGCAUGCUGGACCACUUCCUUUACCAGUUGGGAGAGCAAGACAGUUAAUUGGACUUUACACCAUUGCUCACAAUCCUAAUAUGACCCAUUUGAAGAUUAAUCAGCCAAUUACUGCCCUUCCUCCCCUUUGGAUAAGGUGUGAUGGUUCAGAUCCUGAAGAUACAUGUUGGCUAGGAGCUGAACUUAUUACAACAAAUAACACCAUUAAAGGAAUUGUCUUGUAUGUGGUCAGCUGUAAAGCUGAUAAAAAUUAUUCUGUAAAUCUUGAAGACUUAAAAAAUUCACACAAGAUUAGGCAUCACUCAUCUACUGUAACAACCAGGGGCUUUGCUCAAUAUGAGCUCUUUAAGUCCACUGCCUUGGAUGAGACUGUCGCCACAUCACAGACUGUGAUCACUUUGGAUAUUGCCUGGAGUGCUGUGGAUGAGAUUCUUCAAGUUCCUCCACUCUCUUCAACUGCAACUCUGAAUAUUAAAGUGGAAUCAGGAGAGCCCAGAGGUCCUUUGAGUCAUCUUCACAGAGAACUAAAAUUUCUUCUUGUUUUGGCUGAUGGUUUGAGGACUGGUGUAACUGAAUGGCUUGAGCCUCUGGAAGCAAAAUCUGCUGUUGAACUUGUGUGGGAAUUUCUAAACGACUUAAAUAAGCUGGAUGGAUUUGGUGAUUCUGCAAAAAAAGACACAGAGACAGUGAAACAUGACAGUGUUGCUGUUGAUCGUUCCAUUGAGUGCCUUUUCACAGUACGGGGUGAUCUCGAUUUUGCUGAGCAGCUAUGGUCCAAAAUGAGCAGUAGUGUGACUUCAUAUCAAGACUUGGUAAAGUGCUUUACAUUAGUCAUCCAGAGUCUACAACGUGGUGAUAUACAGCCAUGGCUUCAUAGUGGGAGUAACAGUUUACUAAGUAAGCUCAUUCAUCAAUCUUAUCAUGGACCUAUGGAUACAGUGUCUCUCAGUGGGACUAUUCCAGUUCAGAUGCUUUUGGAAAUUGGUUUGGACAAACUAAAGAAAGAUUAUAUUAGUUUUUUCAUAGGUCAGGAACUUGCCUCUUUGAAUCAUUUGGAGUAUUUCAUUUCUCCAUCAGUAGAUAUACAAGAACAGGUUCAUCGUGUUCAGAAACUCCACCAUAUUCUAGAAAUAUUAGUCAGUUGCACACUUUUCAUUAAACUUCAACAUGAGCUUCUCUUUUCUUUAACACAAUCCUGCAUAAAAUAUUAUAAACAAAAUCCCCUUGAUGAGCAGCACAUUUUUCAACUGCCAGUCAGACCAACUGCUAUAAAAAGCUUAUAUCAAAGUGAGAAGCCACAGAAAUGGAAAGUAGAAAUAAAUAGUGGUCAAAAGAAGGUGAAAACAGUUUGGCAACUGAGUGACGGUCCACCUGUGGAUCAUCUGAAUUUCCACAGACCUGAUUUUUCUGAAUUAACAUUAAAUGGUAGCCUAGAAACAAGGAUGUCAUUCACUAACAUGGUUACCUGCAGCCACGUGCAUUUCAAGUGAAGAAUGCUGAUGGGAUCCUAUGUAUAAG